AUGGCCAGCGCCAGCCCAGAGCCGAAGCGGCAGAAACGCGACUACACGGAGUACACGCUGAACAUCAACACCGCCGUGGACAAGGAGUACGAGAAGAGCUCCUUCUCGGACAUCGCCCGCGCGCCGGUGGUUGCCGUGGAGGGCAUCGCGGAGCGCGGCGCGGAGGCGCUCAACACGCUGGGGGUGAAGACGGUGCGGGAUUUGGGCGAGUGGAAGUACUACAAGUGGGCCAAGGCGAUCACGGCGCUGGCGGCCAAGGAGGUGGAGGGCGGGCGCGCCGAGGGCACGGUCAUGAACAUCGACCAGGCGGUGAUGAAGGAGUACGAGAAGAAGUCGCUGAAGGAGGUGGCGGAGGCGCCGGUGCACGCGCUGCAGGGGGUCAGCGAGAAGACGUCGGACGGCCUCGCCACCAUCUUCGUCAAGACCGUCGAGGACCUGGCCAACAGCAAGUUCGCGGCGUGGUGCGAGGCGAUCGCCACGCUCGCGGACGUCGAGCAGCUGGAGGCGGAGAACCGGAUGCUCAAGAAGCUGGAGUGA